AUGGUUGACCUGACAUCGACCCCGGGGGGCUUAUUGGACCCUCACAACCGGGCCCCGGAGGAGAAGGAAGAGAGAUUUUCAAGGCCCGAGAACCUCCGCGCCCGACCGGAACGCGAAACGUUUUUGGAGAAACAGAGACAGAUAGAGAGAGACAGAAAGGAGAGAGACACAGAGAGAAAGAGAAACAGAGACCGAGACACAGAGGGAGACAGAGUCACACAGAGAGAGACAGAGAAACAGAGAGAUAGAAAGAGAAAG